UCGGAUCGUGGCCCGGAUCGUGGCCCGGAUCCCUCCCUGGUGAAUCCCGCGGCGACGUGCUUCUGGGACGGCACUGCUGGGAGGAGACCGAAGCCUCCCCCUCUCGCGCUCUGGUCCGGAGCAGAGUCCUGGGGCGGAGAGUGCUUGACCCGGGGAGGGCUCCGCCGGCUCUGCAGCCGGCCCCGCGCCCAUGUGGGGACGGCAGGCAGCGGCAGGCGUGAAGAGAGGCCUUGCCUCAGGGAACCUGAGCUGCUACGCCAGGGACAGCCGUGGCCCCGAGAGAAGGUCCAGCCGGCGCGUCUGGGAAAGUACGGGCGGUUCCGUCUGAGACCCUGUUCCGGGAGGGAAGACCUCUGCUGGGGGGUUCCACCUGGAGGAUCUGGGUCCUGAAUGGAGGCUCCAGGGAAGACGCCUCAGUGUCCGGGAGAGGCCGGCCCCCUGGCAGAGCCCGAGUCCUGUGGGUGCCUCCGGGGCCACUGUGGCCUGUGCUCCUGACCGGCGCCGGCUCCGUGAAGGCCCCUCGGCAGCCGCGCCCCAGCCCUUUCCCAGCACCCGCUGCUGAUGGUGGCCUGGGACUGGGGUGCAGCAGGCUGGCGCCCGCUGGCCCCGUGGCGGCUCUCGGCGAUGGCUCCCUGCUGUGGACGGGGGACCUGGCCCUUUGGCAGUGCAGGUGGUGCAGACCAGGCCCUGCACCUGCUCUGUCCUGCUCAGCACCCCCAUGGAUGUAAACCACAAGGGGCGACUUUUCCUCCAAGGCCACUGCUGACUGACCUCAGCGGACGGCCUCCCCGGGGAGCGGCGUCGGGAGCGCGAGCCCUUCCGGGACGGCUCCGGUUACGCUGGUGGAGGCUGCGCUCCACAUCCUGUAAGCAGAAGGACACUUGGAAAACUCGGUAGCUUCCAGCCACGGCAGCAGUUUCACACCUGCCCCUCAUGGGACUGCCCUGGUCCCCGUGGGAAAAGGUGAGCAGCAUGGGAGCUGAUGCUGGGCAGAGGGGACCCGCAGAACCACCCAAAGAGCCCUGGUCUGUGACCCACAACAUUUCAGGGACAGAGCAGGGACCCGCCGACCUUACCACGGUUUUGUUUGCUUGCUUUGGAAUGUGCUUUGUUUCCAGGGUAGCCUUAUCACGAUUUCUGACCACAUCUCACGGAAAGGGCUCUGGUUGGGGGUUUCUGAAGUUUAACUCUUAGCAGCUGUCCCUGCUCUUGGUUCUGUCCCCCGUCUCUGCGUGGCUGGCACCGGACUACAGUUUUCCUUGGUGUGAACACAGCGGUCUGAGGCAGCUGGUGCUUUGGCCCCCGCCGAAUGCGUUCGUUAUGGUUACAUGUGGUCAGAGAACGUGAGGGCGCUGUCCACUGUAGCCCGGAUCCGAACCGACGGCCUCGGUGGGAAGACUUGUCGCCAAGCUGAGCCAGGCAGGAGGGUCGCUGUGGUUCACGGAGAGCGAGUGAACCCUGAGUUGGACGCAGCCGUGCUUCCCGGUUGGGUUUUGACGUUUCCAGCUGACCGAGAGCGCGCGUGAGAAUGUCGCGGUGCUGCUGCCUCUGGCCGGUCUGGCGCUUGCCAAACUUGCGGAGGGAGUUGCAGCCAUCCCGGCCCGUCACCCCGGAAUGCCCUUGUCUCCAAAGAAGAGGCAGAAGGGCACUCUUCUGAGCACCGCGUGCCACCACUGACCGCAUCUAGGACAGGGCCCAGGCCGGUCCCUGCGCACCAGCCCCCCCAUCGUGCCCCCAGUGGUCUGUGGUAGUGAUUUCUCCAAACGAGAAUCAAGUCCAGGUCAUUAUUGGCCAUUAUGUGUCUUUAGUUUCUUUUCUUCGGGGAAAACUGGUUCCGUGACGUGGACUUUUGAAGAGACCAUGCCGGUUUUCUCACGAGUGCCUGGUGUUGUGGAUUUGUUCCGCGCUGUGUCGUUUGGCUUGUCCCUCUGUCCCCCCGCUCCCCGUGUGCUGUGGCCUGGUGCUGAGAGGUGCGGCUGGAGUCAGGCGACAUGUUUUCACGAAGGCGACGCUCGCUACCUCCUGCCGCACCAUUCUGGGGGCUGUCCUGCCGGCACUGAUGCUGCCUUCCCCGUGUUCUUUAUUUUAUCUGUGUCCCUCAUCUGGGCGCCCCAAGAUGAGAGGACAGAUGCUGAACCCUGCCCCUUUGUCACCACUCGUGGGGGGAGCGGCGCUCCUCGCGUGUAGCUUCACGGUGGCAAAUGCUUCUGGUUUUCCUUUCUUUCUUGAAUGUCAGUGCGGAGUAAUGGGUUUUUAUGUGUUCCUUGUGUGAGGGUCUGUGUGUGUUUGGAUGUUCACACGGUUGUAGCUGAGAGCUGGGCGUCCUGCGUGGGCUCCCGACCUCCUGCGGCGGCGCUCCAAGAGCGCUUCUCUGGCCCCUCGGCCUCCCGCCCCGACCUGCCGGCUGCGGCUGCUGCCGCGCCCAAGCAGAGAAGCGUUGCCGUGUGCUCUGUGCUGCCUGCUGCGGCGGCUGUAGGUGCCCCGCCCAGGGACAGAGCUGGGAAACGUUUUUUUUAAAACAUGGGUGAAACAUUGCUGUAUUGUGUUACAUCUACUAACGGGACUCCUUAACAGAGUUGAAGCUGGGGUGUUUGAGGUCAUGAAGGCGACGGCUGUGUCAGCACAUCAGUGGGGGUGAGCCGCGCCGGCGUCCGCGGAAGGUGGUUUCUUGGUUCUUCCGAUAAGAAAAUAACAGGAGAUUGUCCAGGCCAUGCGAGAGGGUCAUCGUGCUGCCGAGAUGACAGCCGUCCGGUCUCCAGGAGAAGAUGCAGGUCUGCGCUGCGUCAGUGCGUGUCUGCGUCGAGAAGCGGGUCGCGGCGGGGCUCCCGGCAGGUGGUGGCCCACGCCCUGAGGCGAGCUGGUGUGCUCCCCGCGUGCCUGCCCCUUCGGUGGGGUUUAUGGUCUGCUCCGCUGGUUCGCAUUCAAAAGAUGGAGUUCAUAUUCCAAGGCUGAAGAUGGUGGACGUUUGGGGGCACAGAUGAGCCUUCGGAUCAGGUUUUUGCCCAUCUCCGACGACGCGGCCCGAGUAGUUAUGGUCAAUUAUGGAGAAUAACCAGGAAACUCAUCCCAAAAGGGAUGGUGAGUUGCUUUCUGAUAAAAUAAAUUUUAAAAUAGAAGAGGAAGAUGGUGUUCGCAUCCCUAAUCACAGUCUGGAAGGAGUGGCGAUUAAGAGGGAGCAGGACAGGCCCGGGGCAGAGCGAGGUGGGGAGCAGACAGAGGCCAGGGAGGCGGGCGGGGGCCGCGAGCCCCCCGGGCAGUGCCUCCCCGCCGACCAGGAGGAGGAGUACGGGGCUCUGUUCUCCCAGUACAGCAGCACCCUGUACGACGUGGCCAUGGAGGCCGUGACGCAGAGCCUCCUCUCCGGCCGGGGCGCCGGCUCCAGGAAGAAGUCGCCGGCCUGGAAGCACUUCUUCAUCUCCCCGCGGGACAGCACGAAAGCCAUCUGCACGUACUGCAUGAAGGAGUUCAGCCGAGGCAAGAACGAGAAGGACCUGAGCACCAGCUGCCUCAUGCGGCACGUGAGGAGGGCGCACCCCACCGUGCUGGGCCCGGAGACCGGCGGCGGCGGGCCGGCCCCGCCCUCCCUGUCGCCCCCGCCCCUGCGGCUGCCGCCACCGCCCGCCGACGCCGGAGACCUGGGCGCCACGCGCUCACCCCUCAAGCUCGCCCCAAAGCUGGCGUCCAAGGUGCCGUCCCCCGACGACGUGACGGAGGAGCCUGUGGUCCCCUCCGAAGACGUCCCCCCAGACACGUCUGCCCCUGACAGGUACGGGCGGGAGGAGUCCCUGGGGGGGCCGCCGCACCUGCCCCCGCUGCCGGGCGAGGAGAGCGCGGAGAACGGGCUGGAGAGAAACCCGCCGCUCCCCAAGGGCACGUCCGGGUCCCGCAGGCGGUCGGCUGUGUGGAAGCACUUCUACCUGUCGCCGCUAGACAACUCCAAGGCCGUGUGCGUCCACUGCAUGAACGAGUUCAGCCGGGGCAAGAACGGGAAGGACCUGGGCACCAGCUGCCUCAUCAGGCACAUGUGGCGGGCGCACCGCUCCAUCGUGCUGCAGGAGAACGGCGGGGGCUCGGGCAUCCCGCCGCCCUACGCCGCGCCCCCCACGCUGCUGCCCGCCCUGCCGCCUCCCGACGGAGACCCGAGCUCCGUGGCGUCCUCGCCCGGGCAGCCGGCCCGGGCGUCCCCCUCGGCGUCCUCCUCGCCGGACCGGCUGCCCGAGGAGCUGCAGGUGCGUCUGAGCGUCGGCGACGCGCUGGCGGAGGACACGGCGCCGGCCUCGGACGACGUGGGCGCGGCCUCGCUGGCCUCCUCCCCCGAGAAGCUGCAGGCUGGCGGCCUGAGCCCCGGCCCGCUGGACUGUGGCGCUGGGUCCCAGCAGAGCAAGAAGGUGAUAAAGAGGCUGAAGUCGGAGGUGUGGCAGCACUUCUCGCUGGCGCCCACCGACAGCCUCAAGGCCGUGUGCCGACACUGCGCCUGCGUCAUCAGCCGGGGCCGCAGGGGCGACGUGGGCACCAGCUGUCUGAUGCGGCACCUGUACCGCCGGCACGCGGACGUCGUGGGCGCCCCGAAGGGCGCGCUGGGCGCCAGCCUGGCCAACUCCCCCUACGCCACGCUGGCCUCCGCGGAAGGCGCCGCUUCCAGAUCGACUGACCUGCCCUCCCUGGUCCCGAGAAACAGUCCGGUCCUCUUUCCUGUGAGCAGCAAGAAGACCUCCAAGCUGUGGAACCACUUUUCCAUCUGCUCCGCGGACCCCACGAAGGUCGUGUGCCUGCACUGCGGCCGCACCAUCAGCCGGGGCAAGAAGCCCACCAACCUGGGCACCAGCUGCCUCCUGCGCCACCUGCAGCGGUUCCACAGCGGCGUGCUCAAGGCCGACGCGCCCCGGGCCGCGCGGGCUUCCUCGCCCGGCCCGCGGGGGCCCCUGAGCGCCCAGCUGCCCGGAGCCGCCUCCUUCGAAGACCCCAACGAGAAGUUCUACGAUUCUCAUCCCGUUGCCAAAAAAAUCACGAGUCUCAUAGCUGAGAUGAUUGCACUUGACCUCCAGCCAUACUCCUUCGUAGACAACGUUGGCUUUAACAGGCUGCUCGAAUACUUGAAACCUCAGUACUCUGUGCCCUCCCCGUCCUACUUCUCGAGGACGGCCAUCCCAGGGAUGUACAAUAAUGUGAAGCAGGUAGUCCUGUCGCACCUGAAGGAGGCGGAGAGCGGCGUGGUCCACUUCACGUCCGGGAUCUGGAUGAGCACGCAGACCCGCGAGUACCUGACGCUCACCGCCCACUGGGUCACCUUCGCGUCGUCGGCCCGGCCGUACCGCGAGGACCACCACGGCUCGGCCCUGCUGGACGUGUCGCAGGUGGACUGCGACUACAGCGGCAGCAGCAUCCGGAAGCAGCUGGAGGGCUGGUGGGAGGCCUGGGUGACGUCCAGCGGCCUGCAAGUGGGCAUCACGGUCACCGACAACCUGAGCAUCGGGAAGACGUUGAGCGAGGGCGAGCGGGCCGCCGUGCAGUGCUUCAGCCACACGGUCAGCCUGGUGGUCAGCGAGGCCCUCAAGAGCCAGCGCAUGGUCCAGAGCCUGCUGAGCACCGCGCGGAAGCUGUGCGAGCGGGUGCAGCGCUCGCCCCGGGCCAAGGAGAAGCUGGCGGAGCUGCAGAGGGCCUACGGGCUGCCGCCGCACCACCUCCUGCAGGACGUCCCGUCCAGGUGGAGCACGUCCUUGCACAUGCUCGAGCGGCUCGUCGAGCAGAAGCGGGCCGUCAACGAGGUGUCGGUCGAGUGCGGCUUCCGGGAGCUCAUCAGCUGCGACCAGUGGGAGGUAAUGCGGUCCGUGUGCCUCGCGCUGAAGCCCUUCGACGCGGCCGGCCGGGAGAUGAGCGCGCACGCGUCCACGCUCAGCCAGGUCAUCCCCAUGAUUCACAUCCUGAACCGCAAGAUCGAGAUGCUCUUCGAGGAGACCAUGGGCAUCGACACCAUGCUCAAGUCCCUGAAGGAGGCCAUGGUGAGCCGGCUGGCCGCCACCCUGCGCGACCCGAGGUACAUCUUGGCCACGCUGCUGGACCCGCGCUACAAGGCCUCCCUGUUCUCGGAGGAGGAGGCGGAGCAGUACACGCGGGACCUGAUCCGGGAGCUGGAGGCGCUGAACCCUACCUCAGACAACACGCCCAUCCCCAACGGCUGCGACGCGGGCGCCCCCUCGCAGGGCACGGUCGGGGAGGAGAACCUGUGGUCCCUCAUGGCCGAGAUGACGAAGAAGGGCCCCCGGGAGAAGACGAAGGUGCCCGAGGACAUGGUGCUGGCCUACCUGGAGGAGGAGGUGCUGGAGCACGGCUGCGACCCCCUCACCUACUGGAACCUGAAGAAGGCGGCCUGGCCGGGCCUCGCCGCGCUGGCCGUGCGGUUCCUGGGCUGCCCGCCGAGCAUCGUCCCUUCUGAAAGGCUCUUCAACACACCCACAGAGAACGGCAGCUUCGGCCAGUCCAGGCUCAUGACGGAACAUUUUGAAAAACUCAUCUUUUUGAAAGUGAAUCUUCCCUUGAUAUACUUCCAGUAUUGAAGCUCGCAGCGGAGCCGCCGUCGCCGGCCACCGUCGCUGCCCGGGCGCCCACGGUCUGUCCCGGGGAGGCGGCGUGCCCCGGCGGGCCCCCCACCCCGUCCAGCGUCACUGUAAUGCCUACGUGUGCCUUACUGCCGGUGCCGCAGCCGGGCGUCGCCGCGGGCCUCCCACGGCCUGCGAGGGAGAGCCUGUCCUGCCGCCGCCGAUGAAAUGCGAUGAUUCGGGUUUCACUCCCAACUGUAACGUGUUUUUUAAAAGUGGGGGCUUAGUAAUGUGUUUUACUAGAACGGCCGAGGAGAUGUGAGCAGUUUUAUUCUGUAGGCUUUUUAUUCAAUUAUGUAAAAACCACAAAUCAGGUACUGUAUUUUAGUUUAAGAAUUGCUUUAAUUCAACACAGCAGCUUUUGUGGCUGUUUAAUGAAAUCUGUAAAUAAGAGGGGGAGUUCAAGCCAUCCUGGCUGAGCAGUUUCUAACUGCAGGCUCUAAAGCGUGUCGAGUACAGAACAUUCUGGAACAUAGUGUUGGCUGCCACGGAGGUGCGGCGUCGGAAGAGGAAAGUAAACUCAGACGCGUCCCGCCGUGCCAGUUCUGUAGUGACUUGGUAGAGAGAGCGUCCCGGUGUGUGCUUCUGCUGCAUUCAGGUUUUACAUGGUCGACCUCGGCCAGAGCCCCGGACACCUGCUGUCGAGCCCACGCGCCAGGGGCCCGCACGCGGCAGUCCUGCUGAGGGCGCCCGACCCUCGGACCUGCUGUCUCGACACCAGGGAGCUAUCUUUUGAAAUUUGUGCACUGACCCCACUGACCCCAAUUUGAUCAAAUUAUGUAUAAAAUUGUUUCUAGAAGAGACGGCUCAUUAACAGGGAGGAGGUUGUUCCAUUGCAGUUGUAAGAGUAGCCUUAGGCGUCUAGAUUUUUUAUAUAAUAGGGAAGAUUCAGCCAUCGCUGGCGUGUUUCAGAAUCCCAAGGACAGCAGAAUGAAGCGUCAGUUGUCAUUCUUUGAACGAUGAUCUGUCUUCAGAAUUUUUGCUUCAACAUCUAGAAAAAAGGGUUCAUUUUCUUAUUUCAAACCAAUUAAAUAUUCCGGAUGAAACAAGUCACUCAUUUGCCUGUGACCUUUUAGAAAAGUUGUUUUGUUAAAAAAGGACCUAUUAUUAAUCUGGAUUUGCAUUGACUAUGUUUUAGUGUAUUUAUAAAUGGUGAACACAGUUUCUGAAAUUAAACUUUUUAUUUGCAAUUUUC